UCUGCACCUGAGCGCUGAACAGGAGCUGAACUGUGAGACCGAGACAAACUCUUCAACCACGUUGAGAAGUGAAAAAGUCGGAAACAAGAAGACAUCUAAACAUCUGGAAGUGAGAAAGCAGCUGUUGCAGUGAGAACAUGGCCUCCUCUGCUUUCGUCCGGGAAAAACACCUGCUGACUAUCGGCAUCGUUCUGCUGGAUCACCGCUAUGCUGCUCUGCCUCUGCCAGGACGAGUCCUUCAGCUGAUGGUGACCAACCUGAGGAACCGUCCUCUGACCAGCACCAACAUCGACUCCAUGAGACAGUCCAUCCUGAGCCUGUAUCACAGCCUCAUCACAGGCUCCAAGGACUUUCCUCUCAUUCCGUUCAGAGGAUUCCUUCGCUCUUGUGAGAUGGCCACGCCCUUCAGUCACGUGGAGCAGGAGCAGAGGGAGAACACCAGACCGUCUCCUCCGAUGGAAGGACCAGCAGGAAUGAUGGCGCCUCCUGCAGGGUCCAGCUCUGCUCCUCCAUCUCUACUGUUCCCAGUUCAUCCUGAGCAAAUGGAGCUGGGAGCGCUGCAGGUCGACCACAGGAACCGCAUCCGACGCCUGGAGGUCGGCGGCAGGACCGUGACCAGAGUCAUCUCACCCGUGUACGACUCUGACGGGAGCGAGAAGAUGAACCGCUGGAGAGUGACUGACUACGGAGCAGACAGACACAUCAUCAUGUCAGUCCUCUGUCACUUUCCUAAGGGGUCCAGGCGGUGUUUGGUCACACAGGGGAAGAAGAGGAAGAGGAGGAACGACCCUGUGAAAGAGACAAGCAGCAGCAGCACCAUCACUCUGCCUCCACCGAGCAAACGCCUCAGACUGUGAUGGGAUAGCUGGGGUUAUUUUUACUCCUCAGAGCUGGCGGUGAGGCCUCUGGUAGCAUCUUGCACCAGGGCCCAUUUGACUGGAGGAGUAAACUGUAAAUAUGUAAAUAGUUUGUUGAUCGUGGCUGUGGAGCACAGGUCAGUGUGUCCUGCACCGGUGCUUCAUGCACCUUUCUUUAUUACUUGGAGCUGACCUGUCUGACACGAUGGAAACCUCAGCUAAGCCACAGAGAACUGAGAGCUGAGCUCUCCUCAGACAACACUGAAGGAACUUAACAUCUACCUGGAGCCAGCAGUGACAAACACUCAUCUGUUUGUGAAAGAUGGAAACAGAGAAUCUGAGAAAAGAGACGAUGACACGAGAGACGAUGAGACAGCCGUCCAAUGUCAACCUUCUAUAAAAAGACAGAGAUGGAGGGAAACAACCUGAGGAGGAAAAAAGAAGAGGAAGAGGAGGACCAUCAGAGACAACAUUCACUGUGAACCCUCUCAUUAACAAAGAUAAGUCAACAUUUACUCUGUGAUAGUGGAUCAGUAGUUUCUCUGUGAACCUCGUUGCUGAACUUAUUCACUUAUUUCCUCUUGUCUUUUAUUUGUCUUUUAGAGGAGACUGAGUCAGUGUCAACCAUCUCCUAUAAAAAGAUGAGUGAAUAUUUAUUCUCAGUUAUUAUCAGAAUCUUAAACAGCUAAAUAUCUGGUCUGGUUGCUGAAGUUGUUUAUUAACUGUCUCUGUUUGUCAUUUGUCUUUUAGAAAGAGGAAGAAACAAGUCCAGACUGAGACCAGGACACAGAGGCACUGUGAACGUUCUCUUUAACAAAGAUAAGUUUUUAUUUAUUCUCUGAUAUCAUCUAAAUAUCUUGGAUCAGUAGUUUCUCUGUGAACCCUGUUGCCAAACUAAUUCACUUAUUUCCUCUUGUCUUUUAUUUGUCUUUUACAGCAGACUGAGUCUGUGA